UCUAGUAUGAGACCGGAAAUACGUCAGUAGCUUCAGAAAAUUGGUUCCAUCUUGUGUUCUUUCAGGCUGAUGUAACUAUCCUAAUACUCAUAAUGGAUUUUGGUUCUUUCUCGUUCCUUGUUCUGCUUCAUUAGUUUGUCGUUUGAUGUCUGUAGUGUAGUUCUUCACUCACCACUUCUAGGUUCGCAAUUCACACUGAAUUUGAUACGGGCAUGCAGCUAGUGAUAAGUGGGUUCAGUAUAUGAUUGAAUCCGAUUGCUGUCAUGAUAAGUUGAACAACAGCGCUUUUCCCUGAUGAGAAUUUGAUGGACUAGUAUUAUUCUGUUUGGUCUUAGGUGGCAUAUCUGAAGUUCUGAACAGUUUAUCUUCAGUAAAAUUUGUCUGCUUUAAGUUACAAGCAUCUUUUUGUAUACUAUAAUAAUUCAGCCUCCGGCUUGGCACAUUUAUCCUUGUUGUGUUACCAGGUUUGUAGAGGCGAGACACCGGCGGGGGCACGGCCGGCGACCCUGAGGGAGGCGGCAAUGGGCUUACAGUUACCGGAGCUGGUGAAGGAGAUCUCUGAUAAGGUUUGCAUGUCGUCGAUUCGCGCCACCGGCACAGGAGAGAAGGCCGAUUGUUCGGAUCUACGGCUCUUCUUCUUAGGGAGAGGGUUUUGUUUCGUUUGCUGGUCACAAAUCUUGAUGGAAUCGUCAACUGAACCCAGUGCAAGCUUCAAAGUACUACUACCUUGUCAGAGGUUCAGUUUUGGAGGCGGUCGUGUCAAGACUCAAGAGUCCCUAUAAACCUGGCCGCGCGAGACGUGGUCUACAAGUCUAUUCCCAAUUUCCAAGGCUAUGGAAACUAUCUUCUAAGCAUCCAAAAUUCAUGUACUAGCAAUCAUGCUGCAUAUAUACCACCGCGUGAACAAAACAGAGGAUUUCAGGGCGUCUGCAAGCUGGCUCUCCCCUCCAAGCAAUCGAGAAGAUGAACUGUGUUUUGAAGAUAUCAGGCUCCGCUCUCUUCCGUCUCCUCCUCCACCAAAACCCCCCGCCGCCGCUUCAGACAGCCACCCGGUCCUUCCACCGCAGCUCGCAGAUCCCCCCGGCGGAGGUCUCGCGCACCACCGCCACCCCUAUCCGAGGGCUCUUCCGCCACCAAUGGCCCGCCGUCCUUCGCCUACCACCACGGCCGUUUUCGUCGUCGACCACAACGUACCACCCCUAUCCGAGGUGCUCGUCCCGGCCACCGCGGCGUACGCCGUCUACCGCAGUUACCUCCAAACCGUGCCCUACACCCACCAGAGACGCGCCGUCGUCCUGCCACCCCGGUAUGAGCGCAAGCUCGGCGAGUACGUGUUCGCCCUCUACAAGAAGCCUCUUCUCGCCGACGGCGACGACAAGAUCCUCCCUCCAGACCACGCCGACACCGUCCGCGUCCGCCGCAUCGCGGACGAGAUCAUCGGCGCCGCCCAGCGCGCGCUGAUCGCCCCCCGGCGAAACGGGGAGCUCCUGGACGACGAGAGCGGGGUCGCCGAGAGCCGCCGGGCGCCACGGGGCCAGCCGCAGCCGAUGGCGAAACACCUCGAAGGGCUCGACGGGGAGGUGAUCGUCGUCAGGGAUAAACAAAUCAAUGCAGGCUGCCUCCCCGGCGGCAAGAUCUUGGUCAACACUGGGUUCCUCGAGUACAUCAAGACAGACGACGAGAUCACCGCCGUGCUUGGUCACGAGGUGGGGCACAUUAUCGCGAGGCACACGGCAGAGGAUAUCAGCAAGGGCUUGUUCUCAGCGCUGGUGCACAUUGGCAUCCGGCAGGUCUUUGACAACAGACACUUGGUUUGGAAAUUGCCGUCGUUGCUCUUCGAGCUGCCCUUCUCAAGGAAGAUGGAGAUUGAGGCAGAUCACAUCGGGAUCAUGAUACUUGCUGCGGCUGGCUUCGAUCCACACGCAGCCCUUGAAGUCCACAAGAAGCUAGGAGAUCUCGGAGGAGAAUCAGAGUUGCAGAAUUACCUGUCUACUCAUCCUUCGAGCAGGAAAAGAAUGCAGAAUUUGUCCCAAUACAAGCUCAUGGAGGAGGCGAUGGAAUUAUACAGAGAAACCAAUGCCCGGAAGACAGCCAUUGUUUACUCUUGUUUCUAGUCUGUAAUGGAUACGCAUUUUUUGGAGCCUAGUUCAUCUAAAAAAAUUAAUUUCGAGCCUAGACGAGAAAGAUGCUCAAGAUAUAUAUGUUGGCGUGGAUCACCGUGUUAAGUACGAGUACUGCCUUUUGUUAUGGGUUUCGACUACUCAUGGCUGAUUCUGUCAUAACUGAUUAAUCUUCAUGGAUCUCGCUAUCAGAGGGAUGUCAAGAGAUUCCUGGAUGC